AAUAUGCUGCAAGCAAAACCCAAGAAAAAAAAAAAGCAGAAACCGAAAUGAGUUACUUGACGCCAUGGCUAACGGGUUGUAUAAACAACUUGAAGCUUCCACCAAUCUCUUCACCAUCAAUCCAUCAUCGUCAUCAAGAUCUCAAUAUCAUCAACAAAUACAGACCCAUAUUUCAGAAAAAUCAUCAGAUCAUAACAAUGAAGAAGCUCUUGAGGAGUAUAUUCAUCAUCAGCAUCAGCUUUCUGUUCCUCUCCCCGCUCGUUUCUCUUGCGGACAACCCGGAAAUGACCCGUGAGCCGCCUCGGCGUAUCGUCUUUGUUCCUCAUGAGCGGUCCAAAUCCGACCCACAACAGGUGCACAUAUCGUUGGCUGGGAAGGACCACAUGAGAGUAACAUACGUAACCGAAGACAAGAAAGUACCGUCGGUGGUGGAGUACGGAAAGCAUCCGGGAAAGUACGACGGAAAAGCCACCGGAGAACACACUUCUUACAAGUACUUCUUCUACUCUUCCGACAAGAUCCACCACGUCACCAUCGGACCUCUCCAACCCAACUCCACCUAUUAUUACCGCUGCGGUGGCCGCGGCCCCGAGUUCUCCUUCAAGACUCCUCCUUCCGAUUUCCCCGUCGAUUUCGCCAUCGUCGGCGAUCUAGGGCAAACCGAGUGGACAGUGGCUACACUAUCUCAAAUAGACAGCAAAGACUACGACGUAUUCCUGCUUCCGGGGGACCUUUCCUACGCCGACACUCAACAGCCGAUGUGGGAUUCGUUCGGCCGCCUGGUGGAGCCUCAGGCGAGCCGCCGCCCCUGGAUGGUCACUGAGGGCAACCACGAGAUCGAGAUCUUUCCCAUCAUCGAACCCACUCCUUUCAAGUCCUAUAACGCCCGCUGGCUCAUGCCUUUUGCCGAGAGCGGCUCUAGCUCUAACCUCUACUACUCUUUCGAUGUAUCGGGGGUCCACGUCGUGAUGCUUGGGUCUUACACGGAUUUCAAUUCGGAUUCCGAUCAGUUCCGGUGGCUCGAAAAUGAUCUCGGAAAGGUUGACCGUAAAACGACGCCGUGGGUGGUUGUGUUGCUGCAUGCGCCGUGGUACAACACAAACACAGCUCAUCAAGGAGAAGGUGAGAGCAUGAGAAAUUCCAUGGAGGAACUUUUGUACAAUUCUCGAGUCGACGUCGUUUUCGCUGGUCAUGUCCAUGCCUAUGAACGUUUCACGCGGAUUUAUGACAACAAGGCCGACCCGUGUGGACCAAUCUACAUUACUAUAGGUGACGGAGGCAACCGAGAGGGACUUGCCUUGGAAUUCAAGAAGCCUACUUCGCCGUUAUCUCUAUUCCGAGAACCGAGUUUCGGGCACGGAAGACUUAGGUUUAUCGACGAAAAACGAGCACAUUGGUCGUGGCACAGAAACAAGGAUUCAAAUUCGGAGAUUGCAGAUGAAAUCUGGUUAGACAGUCUUACCACAUCUUCGGCUUGUUGGAUUUCAGAUCGGAAGAAGGAUGAACUCUAAAUAAUUGUUCGUAUAGCGAAGGUACAAUUUGUUUUGGAAUCAUAAGAAUAAAAACAAAAAUAAAAAUCGAAAACCGGUUUUGGGUUAAAUUUUGAUUUUUUUUUACCAACUCUUGUAUAUGAUGUUGGUGGUUAGUGCAAAAAACAUUUCGUAAUUUGAAUGGCUUGUGAUUUUUGUAUUGAAUUACUACAUUUUGUAAAAAAUAUUCUUUAUAUAAAAUAUGCCAUCUUUAUUUA